AUGAAGGAUCCUAAUCUGCUGGCGGAAAACGAGAUCCACAUCACCGCCAAGGGUAAAGUGCCGAAAUAUGUACCUUAUGCGCUCCAUGUGCUUCAGGAAGCCAAAAUUUCAACAGUGAUUAUCCAAGCGUUGAGAUCAAGGCCAAUCGCCAAGGCUGUACUGGUGACAGAAUUAAUUAAGAACCGAAUUGCUAAUAUUCAUCAACAUACAUCAACUUCGUCAGUGGCUGCUCAAUCUGGGGAAGAGAUACAUCAACUCUGUAGCCGCCCCAAAUGGAAAUCCAAAAUUACUCUCACACUUUCAAUAGCCCUUUUUGUAGGCUUGGUGUCGAGCUCCUCUCUACGAAUCGCCAAUCCAGAUCUGGUGAGUGGGUUGUCAUCGCUCCCCACGCCAACGAGCUUUACUGCUAUCUCCUCAAGGCCCAUUGGUAAAGAUCGGAAAUCAAGAGUGUGGCGUAGGAAGGAACAAUCAUCAACUGACAAUGCUACCAGUUUCGCAUGGUAUAUGAUCGGAAACUCGCGUCCGGAUGACGUCUGCUGUGGUCAAGCAGUGGUCAAUACGGUUGGGGAUAGAGAUGACCUUGUGGGUCCAAGCAAAGCGGUGCUGCCAAUAAUUGUUUAUGGACUGGGCUAUUGGUAG